UUGGGGGGCCAAAGGCCCCGCGCAGUCUGGCCAGUUUGCUGCGCGCAGUCUGUGCAGCGCGUGGCUUUGCUCGCUCGCCUCGAACUGCUCGCCGCCGCCAUGUCCGUGGACAUCAGCAAGUGGGCCGGGCCGUUGAGCCUGCAGGAGGUGGACGAACCGCCCCAGCACCCGCUGCGAGUCUCCUACGCCGGGGUGGAGGUGGACGAGUUGGGCAAAGUGCUGACGCCCACCCAGGUUAAGAACAGACCCAGCAACAUCUCCUGGGAUGGCCUUGACCCGGGGAAACUGUAUACUUUGGUCCUCACAGACCCAGAUGCUCCCAGCAGGAAAGACCCCAAAUACAGGGAGUGGCACCAUUUUCUGGUGGUCAACAUGAAGGGCAACGACAUCAGCAGUGGAACCAUCCUCUCAGACUAUGUAGGCUCUGGGCCUCCCAGUGGCACAGGCCUCCAUCGCUAUGUCUGGCUGGUGUACGAGCAGGACAAGCCGCUGAAGUGCGAUGAGCCUGUUCUCAGCAACCGGUCUGGAGACCACCGUGGCAAGUUCAAGGUGGCGUCGUUUCGCAAGAAGUACCACCUUGGAGCCCCAGUGGCAGGCACGUGUUACCAGGCUGAGUGGGACGACUACGUUCCCAAGCUGUAUGAGCAGCUGUCUGGGAAGUAGGGGCCAUGGUGCCUGCACGGUCCUGGGGACCCCGCAGUGUUGUCAGGUUCAACAAUGCAUGUCAUUCCUCCUCGUUCCCACCCUCCCCACACGGGUCCUGAGCUGUUAGGGUAGUGGUUUAGGGUGACUCUUCUGCUUAUCCUUAAGAUUCUAGAUAUAUGUCCCAGGUUACAUUUUGAUUGAAUUAAUCUCCAUCUAGAGGGGAUGUUUAGUGGUUGGUGGACUCAUUAUGUUGUUAAUAAAAGAGUAGCAACUCUGAAGGAAAAAAUCCAGGUAAAAAGACCAGGUGUACAGAAAGAGGGCAAAGUAUAGAGGUGUUUAAGGUGGUUUAAAAAUAAGGAACAGGUUUCGUGACUCCUGCCUCUGUUCUGAGUUCAGAGCCCUGCACAGUGGCUGUAUCUUCUGAGGUGUGUUUUUUAGGGUCCCAUCUCCCACAAGGCAACCCAAGGCUUGCAUCUGGGCUAAGACCAUGGCAGCUCAAUCAGGUGGCCAGACAUCUGUGUCCUGUGGCCCCUUUAAAGAGCAGGGCUGGGAAAAGCAAUAGGGACGUCACUCUGUUGUGCUGAGGCCUGACCCACUGCAGAACUGGGUGAGAGUUGUCAGGAGUCUAAAUCAGUGCCUGCUAAGUCAGCUGCUUCUCAUCAAUGUAAGGAACGCUAAUCUGGAGUUGCUCAAUGUUGUAUUAAUUCUGUUUGCUAAUCUCAAAUAAUAGUAAUAAAGCAUCAGAUCCAGA